UCCAAAACGGAGCUUCAUACAGGAACAAAAAAAAACACCCUAUUCUGCCUCCUCCUCUUCUUCCCCCUCCUCCACCUCCUUCUGCAUUGUUCCCAUUCCUUGAGUUAUUGUAUAUAACUUUUCUUCCUAAUAUCUAUCUUUUGACAUCAACUUUUCCCCUUUGCCAAUAUUGCUCAUCACAUACAUGAUAUAUUGUCUCAUUGGGAAUCCGGUUAGAUCAUAUCAGACAACAAUUUAGAGGUGAUUCAUUCGGUAUCGUUUACUCUGAAUGGCUUAUUGAGAGUGAAGCCCCAGGACUAGUAUAAGUAUGUUGUGCUGUGGAGGUGCAGAGGAGGAGAGCAGCGGUCCACCGGCAAAUCAAUACACUGCACCACCUAGAGGGGGUAACACAUACGGUGGAGGUGGAGGUGGAGGCAAUGACAGAGGAGAGCCAAGGGGCAAUGUUGCCAGAAGUGGUGGGCCGCAGAAAGUAUUACCAAUUGAGAUACCCUCUAUGUCAUUGGGUGAGUUGAAUAGAUUAACAGGGAACUUCGGUUCAAAGGCGUUUAUUGGCGAAGGUUCGUAUGGAAGGGUGUUCUAUGCAAAAUUGAGUGAUGGAACUGAUGCUGCAAUUAAGAAGCUGGAUUCCGGUUCUUCGCAAGAACCUGACUCCGAUUUCGCAGCUCAGCUAUCAGUUGUUUCAAGACUGAAGCAUCAAAAUUUUGUGGAGUUGAUUGGAUAUUGUCUAGAGGCAGACAACAGAAUUUUGGUUUAUCAAUAUGCAAGUUUGGGUUCUUUGCAUGAUGUCUUACAUGGAAGAAAAGGUGUACAAGGGGCUGAGCCUGGUCCAGUUUUAAGCUGGAACCAGAGAGCAAAAAUUGCAUUUGGUGCAGCAAAAGGGCUUGAGUUUCUUCAUGAAAAAGUUCAACCUUCGAUAGUUCAUCGCGAUGUUAGAUCCAGCAAUGUCUUGCUGUUCCAUGACUAUGAGGCCAAGAUUGCUGAUUUCAGCUUGACAAAUCAGUCUUCUGACACAGCAGCUAGGCUGCAUUCUACCAGAGUCUUGGGAACAUUUGGCUAUCAUGCUCCAGAGUAUGCCAUGACUGGGCAGAUAACCCAGAAAAGUGACGUUUACAGUUUUGGGGUCGUGCUUUUGGAACUCUUGACAGGAAGAAAGCCAGUAGAUCACACAAUGCCCAAAGGGCAACAAAGUCUUGUGACUUGGGCGACUCCAAGGCUGAGUGAAGACAAGGUGAAACAAUGUGUGGAUCCUAAGCUAAACAAUGACUACCCACCAAAGGCUAUUGCUAAGUUGGCAGCAGUUGCAGCACUUUGUGUUCAGUACGAAGCUGAUUUCCGGCCAAAUAUGACUAUUGUGGUCAAAGCUCUUCAGCCACUUCUCAAUGCAAAACCAGCUGGUCCUGACUCUAGUGCUUGAUUUUGUGAUGAUGAUUUCACCUCAUUGUUGAUCAAGAGUCAUAAGAUUUUUGUUCAAUUGUUAACAUGAUGAUAAGUUAUUUCUGAUCUGGUUUCAUUGUUUUAGAGAUUGUAUGAAGCUAAGCCAAAGUUGAGGGUUGUUUUUUCAAUUAUGAAAGACAUGUUUGUGGACAUAUGGAAACCAUAACUUGGCCUAUGAGAACCAGAGGGUAACAAAGAAAUUCAAAAACCUUGUGCUAGUUGAAAAUAUCUUUCAUCUCCUGGGGAGUUGUGAUUUGAUCAACUUGGUAUACUCACCACUGACCACGGCAAUACACAUAAUUAAUUACGUAAAACUUUUUUUUUUGUAUUUUGCUUAUCCCUUAUUGAGUACAUGUUAAUUUUACAAUUUUUGAAUAACUAUUUGUUCAAUCUUGUUAUU